GGUCCGGCCGCCGGCCUUGACGCGGCUGAGGCGCCGCUCCGUGCGCAGCAUGAGGGGCCGGCGGCCGCAGCCGGGAGAGCUGUGUUUGCUAGAGCGGCCCGCGGCGUGAGAAGCCUCGGCUGGACUUCCCUCAGGAGCGGGCGGCGGAGCAGGUCCCGGUGACCCGGGCCGGCAGGGUUCCGAGCUCGGCAACAUGGCUUCCCCGCCCCACCAGCAGCUGCUGCAGCACCACAGCACCGAGGUGAGCUGUGACUCCAGCGGAGACAGCAACAGCGUGCGGGUCAGGAUCAACCCCAAGCAGCCGUCCUCCAACAGCCACCCAAAGCACUGCAAGUACAGCAUCUCCUCCAGCUGCAGCAGCUCCGGGGACUCCGGAGGGGUCCCCCGGAGAAUGGGCGCGGGAGGCCGCCUGCGCAGGAGGAAGAAGCUGCCCCAGCUGUUCGAACGGGCCUCCAGCCGGUGGUGGGACCCCAAGUUCGACUCCGUGAAUUUGGAGGAGGCUUGCAUGGAGCGUUGCUUCCCGCAGACCCAGCGCCGCUUCCGGUAUGCGCUCUUCUACAUCGGCUUCGCCUGCCUGCUCUGGAGCAUCUAUUUUGGGGUCCACAUGAAAUCGAAACUGAUUGUCAUGGUAGCCCCUGCUUUAUGCUUCCUCGUGGUGUGUGUGGGCUUUUUUCUGUUUACCUUCACCAAGUUGUACGCCCGCCAUUACGUGUGGACUUCUCUGGUUCUCACCCUCCUGGUAUUCGCCCUGACCCUGGCUGCCCAGUUUCAGGUUUUGACGCCACUCUCAGGACGAGUUGACAACUUCAAUCAUACUCGGGCUGCCAGGCCCACAGACACUUGCUUAUCUCAAGUGGGGAGCUUUUCCAUGUGCAUCGAAGUGCUCUUUUUGCUCUACACCGUCAUGCACUUACCUUUGUACUUGAGCUUGAUUUUGGGAGUGGCCUAUUCUGUUCUUUUUGAGACCUUUGGCUACCACUUCCAAGGUGAAGCCUGCUUUCCCUCACCUGGACCGGAGGCCCUGCACUGGGAGCUGCUGAGCCGGGCCCUGCUCCACCUCUGCAUCCACGCCAUCGGGAUCCACCUGUUCAUCAUGUCCCAGGUGAGAUCCAGGAGCACCUUUCUCAAGGUGGGCCAGUCUAUUAUGCACGGAAAGGAUCUGGAAGUGGAAAAAGCCCUGAAAGAGAGGAUGAUUCAUUCUGUGAUGCCAAGAAUCAUAGCUGAUGACUUGAUGAAACAGGGGGAUGAGGAGAGCGAGAAUUCUGUCAAAAGGCACGCCACCUCCAGCCCCAAGAACAGGAAGAAGAAGUCUUCCAUCCAGAAAGCCCCUAUCGCCUUUCGCCCGUUUAAGAUGCAGCAGAUCGAAGAAGUCAGUAUUUUAUUUGCAGAUAUAGUGGGCUUCACCAAGAUGAGUGCCAAUAAGUCUGCCCACGCCUUGGUGGGUCUCCUCAACGAUCUGUUCGGCCGCUUUGACCGGUUGUGUGAGGAGACCAAAUGUGAGAAAAUCAGCACCCUGGGAGACUGCUACUAUUGUGUGGCUGGGUGUCCUGAGCCAAGGGCCGACCAUGCCUACUGCUGCAUCGAGAUGGGGUUGGGCAUGAUAAGAGCCAUUGAGCAGUUCUGCCAAGAGAAGAAAGAGAUGGUGAACAUGCGCGUUGGGGUUCACACGGGGACCGUCCUCUGUGGCAUCUUGGGCAUGAGGAGGUUUAAAUUUGAUGUGUGGUCCAAUGAUGUGAACUUGGCCAAUCUCAUGGAACAGCUGGGAGUGGCUGGCAAGGUCCACAUUUCCGAGGCCACCGCAAAAUACCUAGAUGACCGGUACGAAAUGGAGGAUGGGAAAGUUACCGAACGCGUUGGCCAGAGUGUUGUUGCUGACCAGUUGAAAGGUUUGAAGACAUACCUGAUAGCGGGUCAGAGAGCGAAGGAGUCUCACUGCAGCUGUUCAGAGGCCUUACUUUCUGGCUUUGAGGUCCUUGACGGCUCACGGGUGUCCUCAGGCCCUAGGGGACAGGGGACAGCGUCGCCAGGGAGUGUCAGUGACUUGGCGCAGACUGUCAAAACCUUUGAUAACCUUAAGACCUGCCCGUCAUGUGGAAUCACGUUCACUCCCAAGCCAGAAGCUGGUGCAGAAGGCGGGACGGUCCAGAACGGCUGUCAGGAGGAGCCCAAGAACAGCGCCAAGGCCUCCGGAGGACCCAGCUCCAAAACGCAAAAUGGACUUCUGAGCCCUCCCCCAGAGGAGAAGCUCACCAACAGUCAGACCUCUCUGUGCGAGAUCUUACAGGAGAAGGGCAGGUGGGCAGGCGUGAGCCUGGAUCAGUCGGCUCUCCUUCCGCUGAGGUUCAAGAACAUCCGGGAGAAAACAGACGCCCACUUUGUCGAUGUUAUCAAGGAAGACAGCCUGAUGAAAGACUACUUUUUUAAGCCGCCCAUUAACCAGUUCAGCUUGAACUUCCUGGAUCCGGAGCUCGAGCGGGCCUACAGGACCAGCUAUCAAGAAGAGGUUAUAAAGAAUUCUCCCGUGAAGACUUUUGCCAGUGCCACCUUCAGCUCCCUCCUGGAUGUGCUUCUGUCGGCAACAGUGUUUCUGAUUCUCUCCAUCACCUGCUUCCUGAAGUACGGGGCCGCCUCCACGCCGCCCCCGCCGGCCGCUGUGGCAGUCUUCGGAGCGGCCCUGCUGCUGGAGAUCCUGUCCCUCGUGGUCUCUGUCAGGAUGGUGUUCUUCCUGGAGGAUGUGAUGACGUGCACCAAACGCCUGCUGGAGUGGAUAGCCGGCUGGCUCCCACGCCAUUUCAUCGGGGCCAUCCUGGUGUCCCUCCCUGCCCUGUCGGUGUAUUCACACGUCACCUCUGAAUUUGAGACAAACAUACACUCCACCGUGUUCACGGGCUCGGCCGUGCUGACCGCCGUGGUGCAAUACUGCAACUUCUGCCAGCUCAGCUCCUGGAUGCGGUCCUCCCUGGCCACUGUCGUCGGGGCCGGGCCCCUGCUGCUGCUGCUCUACGUCUCCCUGUGCCCAGACAGUUCCACUGUAAUUUCACACCUUGAUGCAGUGCAGAAUUUCAGCUCCACGAGGAAGCUGUGCAACGCCUCGCUGCCUCACGACAACAGGAGCCCAGCCACCCUGAUCGGCCAGGAGGUGAUUCUCGUCUUCUUCCUCCUGCUCCUGUUGGUCUGGUUCCUGAACCGGGAGUUCGAAGUCAGCUACCGCCUGCACUACCACGGGGACGUGGAAGCGGACCUGCACCGCACCAAGAUCCAGAGCAUGAGGGACCAGGCCGACUGGCUGCUGAGGAACAUCAUCCCCUACCACGUGGCCGAGCAGCUGAAGGUGUCCCAGACCUACUCCAAGAACCACGACAGCGGCGGCGUCAUCUUCGCCAGCAUUGUCAACUUCAGUGAGUUCUACGAGGAGAACUACGAGGGCGGCAAGGAGUGCUACAGGGUCCUCAACGAGCUGAUCGGGGACUUCGACGAGCUCCUGAGCAAGCCGGACUACAGCAGCAUCGAGAAGAUCAAGACCAUCGGGGCGACAUACAUGGCCGCGUCUGGGCUGAACACCACGCAGUGCCGCGACGGCAGCCACCCGCAGGAGCACCUGCAGAUCCUCUUCGAGUUCGCCAAGGAGAUGAUGCGUGUGGUGGAUGACUUCAACAACAACAUGCUGUGGUUCAACUUCAAGCUCAGGGUGGGCUUCAACCAUGGGCCCCUGACAGCGGGCGUCAUCGGCACCACCAAGCUGCUGUACGACAUCUGGGGAGACACGGUCAACAUCGCCAGCAGGAUGGACACCACGGGGGUGGAGUGCCGCAUCCAGGUCAGCGAGGAGAGCUACCGCGUCCUGAGCAAGAUGGGCUACGAGUUCGACUACCGAGGGACGGUGAACGUCAAGGGCAAAGGCCAGAUGAAGACCUACCUGUACCCCAAGUGCACAGACAGUGGGUUGGUGCCGCAGCACCAGCUGUCCAUCUCACCCGACAUCCGGGUCCAGGUGGAUGGCAGCAUCGGACGCUCCCCCACAGAUGAGAUAGCCAGCCUGGUGCCUUCCGUUCAGAACCCAGACCAGGUGUCCCUGGGUUCCGAGAACAACGCCCAGACCAGGGACGCUCACUCGUCUGCUAAGAGACCCUGGAAGGAGCCCGUCAGAGCCGAAGAAAGGUGUCGGUUCGGCAAAGCCAUAGAGAAAAGCGACUGUGAAGAAGCGGGGAUGGAGGAAGCCAACGAACUCACAAAGCUCAACGUCUCAGAGAGGGCGUGACGCGGCCCAGCCCACCCGCGGUGCUCUGUCCGUCCAGGCGCCACCGUCCCCGUCCCCGGACGGCGUGUCGUGUGGUCACUGCAGCCCUAACCCCUGUGUGGAUCACAGUCACUCAGGGUUCACUUUCAUCCGCCUCCUUCCCCUUCCCCCACUCGGUGUGACCGUCAGAAGCGUGGAGAGCAAGUGCCUUCAGGGGCCGGUGCGACCUGGAGUCCAGGGAGGCACAGCCAGGGCGUGGCGCUGGAUGGUGGCGGACGUUAAAGCAGAAGCUGUGGUUAAAAUCAGAUUUUUAUUGCUUUUUCUCACGAGACACUUUUUUUUUUUUUUGCUAAUAUAAUGUUUUUGAGGGUUUUUUUUUCCCUGUAUACAUACUAGUGUUUUUUUCCAGUGACCUGACCUUUCUAUGUAAACACAUACACGCACACACACUUGUAUUCAUGAAUAUGAGAUCAAGUGCCAGUAACUCACUGGGCUGGGUGCUGGGGGUGCAGGCUGAGGACCACAAGGAGCCGGCAACCCCCUACCCACACCUUCCAGGGUGAUCGGGCCCUUGGGGGCUGUGGCUGCACCCACUGGCCCCCCACACCCAGCGGCUUUAGGGCUUCCUCCUCAUGCAGGCCAAGAUUCCAAACGCCAACCGGUCUCACAGCUUGUGAACCCCGGCCUCAGGUAUCUAAAAGCCCUUUUCCAUUCUGCCCUCACCCUGAGGGGUCUUCCAGCUGGAGUGGAGUGGCUCGUCUUUGAAGGUGACUCGUCCCAGAGGGAAACAGAAAAUAAACAUCCGAGGGUUGCAUUUAUUUAUUUAUUUAUUUAUCAGGAACCGUGUGUGUCUCGGGGAGGGUUGCUGGGCUGUUCUCUCUAGCGAAGGGAACUAGGCUUGGAGUGGGGGGUAGGUCACAGCGGAAGGAUGAAGAUGGGGCCAUUAGAGCCCCAGCCACCCUGGGCCAUCUCCCCUGAGGAGGAGGACCCCAGUGGGCAUGGCCCGUGCUCUGGGUCGGGGCACCCUCGGCCACCACUUCGAACACAAAACCUCUGCUCCUACCCCUCGCCCAUGGGGUCUGCCCAUGGCAGGAACUGGGUCAGAACGACUCGGUGUGAAGCAGGUCUGGGCCGAGCACCAGGGCUGGCAGGCAAUGCUUGGCCUCCACUUUCGGGAAGUUUCUCCAUCCUUUCUGUUCUCAGCCUGCGCAGCGCUUGUCUGUGGCGGGAUCAGGCCUGGUGAGUGGACCCCAGUCCUCUUUAGGUGGAGCUCUUACACUGUCAGUAGGGGCAGAAUCGUCUGGAUGUAAAUGAGGCGUCGGAACCCAGGGGAGUACAGAAAACCCAAGGGACUCGCUUCUGUGCCCUUUGUUACUAAUCCCGUAAUCCCCCUUGUAAUUGUUUUGCCACACUGAGUCUGCAGUUUAUGUGGACUUGAGCUCAGGCCAGAGCUGUCCUGUCACAGUCACAUGACGCCUCCCUCUUAAGGUGGCUGCAGCCUGUGCAGUAGGGGAGGGCUAGGUCCUUGUCUGUGUGAGGCCUUCACUGACGUGCCCUGUGCAUUUUCUCGUCCCCAGCAAAUCUCUGUGUAGCUUUUGCAUCUACACCAAGUCCCUGUAUCACUCCUCUUUGCCAAACUCACACAGAAUCUGCCCUCCCUGGCCCCAUCAAGUAUUGACUUGGAUCAGCCAGCUCCCCAGUGACGUGCCUGGGAUGGCCCCCAGCAGCGUAGUCAUAAGCCAGGAUCUCCACGUCCAGGGGGAUUUGCCUUCAGGUUUUACUGUCAGACUGUUGGUCUUCCAAUGCCAGAGAAAGGAUGACUGUGACAAUACCUCUUGCUUCUAAAGAAUGUAUUCUUAUAAAAUAUUGCAGAAUUUUUAUUUUUUCUUAAAAACACUACCUGAUGCUCUGCCUGUCCGUCGGGGUUGUGGGCACAUCAGGGGUUCCUUCCAUCAGUAUUAAGUUGUGUGUCAUGUAUGGCCCUCACCCUCUGCCCCCCAACCCCUGGGCUCCAGGCUCUGCAGCAACCGCAUUGGCCAGGAGCUGCUGGGCCAUUGCUGAAUUUUCUGCUGUUCUGCUCCACAAAGCUCAUCUCUGCACACACUUCCUCCCUUGCAAACUUUUUUUUCCUUCCCCUCCUGCAAAGGUUGUUUGUGAUUCCUAGGAAGCCAAGGGGCUGCAGAUACAGGAAUAGCUUGGUGACCCCCGCUGGUCCGGUUCAGCAUUGUGCAAAUGGGAUCCUUCAAAGAACGGUUUAAAUUGUCUUUAAAAAACACCCCAGCCUUCCUAAGCAACCAGUGCAGGUGUUCCCUCUGGGUGUUCCACUCGUGACUCGGGUCCCUCCCAGCCACUGCUCAGAAGCGUACCUCAGCGCAGAACCACGGAGUGUCCGCAGGGGCCGCACUGGGCCUCUGACACAGCCGGUUGCUGAGCAGCAGGCUCAGGCACUCCCGAUUCGAUUUGGUGGAGGUGUCCUUCAGAGCGGCAUACCGCCUGUGAACUUAGGGCAGGAAGCAAUACUUCAGAAUUGAAUGUGUGUAAAUAUAGUUGCUUUGAGUUGCAGUUGCUGUUUUCUUCUUGGCCUCAGGUCUGAUCAAAUUCUCCAUGUACAAAUCCAUAUAAACAAGCACACAGAAUUGUAUCCAAUGCAGACAAACGUAGAGCAUCAGUUAUGAAACCCUCACAGAGCCUGGAGGCUCCCCACGGCUCCGUGACCCUGACCGUGCUGUGGAGACCCCUGCACACUUGCACUUGACACUGAGAGCCAAAGGGCCGCGUGCUUCCCGUUACACGGGCUGUCGUGAUUUGUAGUUUCCAAAGGUCUGUCCACGUUUGCAUUUCUAGGUUUUCGAGGUAAGCACUUUUUGGUGGUCGUUUCGGAAAAUCACGUCAUGCCUAGAAUCUGAAAUCAAAUUCUUGAGAACCAACUGUUUGAGUUCUCCAUCUUUCCUUUGCUCUACCCUUUUUAAAUUGUUAACCCUGAUAAUUUCAAAAUGCACCCCACCCCCCACCGCCCCAAAGAAAUGAACAUUAAAAUAUUCUAAAAUCUCAACAUUUGCUGCCUGGUAUUUCCUCACUGACAAGACUGGUACCACUUCCGAGAUUAAAGCAGUCCUCCUUGCCAGCCAUCUGUGGCUGAAGUAGGGUUUGUGGGUCUUUUACAUUGUGACUUUGAAAACAAGGCAACUAAAAACCCUAUUGUGUGUGUGUGUGUUUUAAAUGACUGUAUUUGCUAUAGUAAACUUUUUUUGAGAAGUAUUUAUUUCUAUAUGGGACUUUUAACAAGCAGGUUACAGCACAAAUUCUGCUUGCGACCAUAUCCUGAUUUUAUUCGGCCUCCUAAAGAGUUUCUCCCACAAUAUCUCAAGCAAUUGACUGAGAAAAUAAAGUCAGUUUUUUAAAAGGACGUGCCCACAUAGCCUCUCCCUUGCAGAGUUCUGGAAGGCCCGUGUCAUGGGGAAGGUCACAAACCCAGUUCAGAAUCUGUUUAAAUUCAGAGUGUCUUUGCUGGAAAAUACACAUGCCAUUUCACACGUCACAGGGGCUCACAGCACCUCCAUACCUGGAGCCAAAUGCUGGCUCUGCUAGGGGUUAGCUUCCCCGUGGUUUUUCCUGGCGGUAUUUAGGUGCAACUGCAAAGCAGGGACCCUCUUAUCAACUCAGGGAAGGGGGCUGCAGACGUGGCCCUGGCCUUACUCAUCAGUUUGGAGGAACCCAGAGUCUAGGUCAUCCUGGAUGGAACCCGUGAGGACAGUGCUCAUUGAUGAGGGUGCUCUUUCCUCUGAGUCUGUAGUGCAGGCAUCUUCAGGAACUUUCCAGGAGGUGAGGGAACAGCAGUCUUUGUUGCGUUUCUCUCUUAGAAAGGACAUCCCAGGGACUUUCCAAGGUUUCUCUAACAGUCUUGAAAGGCAACCUCCAAUUCUCACAGCAAGCCCCAGGUCUUACCAUUUGUGGUUUCGCUUUCACUUUCCUUUUCAUCUAUUCUAUCCCUU